AUGAAUUCAUUAACAAAACAUUGGAUGCUCUUCAAGAAAAUUCGACAACCUAUUGCCAAAUGUGCGGCCUUAAAAAAAGAACAAUACAGCAGCACACGAAGCCUCGAACAUUUUAAAGAUGGUCCCUCACUGCAGGAUUUUAUCCGUGCAUCGUCUGAAACUGCAAACAUUUACAUGGCAGCACGAAACGAAAAUGUACCUUAUAUAUCGGCUGAAUCCCUCCGGGGUCAAAAGCGAAAGGUGUUUCUCGAAGUGUAUGGUUGCCAAAUGAACACCAAUGAUACGGAAAUAGUGUGGUCGAUAAUGAAAUCUCACGACUAUCAGCGCACCGUACAGUUAAAAGAAGCGGACAUCGUUUUAAUGAUGACAUGUGCUAUUCGAGAAGGAGCCGAAGAUACGAUAUGGAAUCGGCUGAAGCACCUUCGCUUGUUAAAGCAGAAAAGAGAAUCGAAUGCCGAAAAACCAUUGCAGAUUGGUGUACUAGGUUGCAUGGCGGAGCGUCUGAAAAAGCAAUUGGUAGAAAAGGAACACUCGGUUGAUGUUGUAGCUGGACCAGACGCAUAUAAGGACCUACCAAGAUUGCUAGCAAUCGGUCAAAAAGGGCAGAAAGCUAUCAACGUGCUGCUUUCGUUGGAUGAAACAUACGCUGACGUAGUUCCGGUAAAACUGGACCGAAAAUCGAAGACGGCGUACGUUUCUAUUAUGCGAGGAUGCGACAACAUGUGUUCCUAUUGUAUAGUUCCUUUUACUCGCGGCAAAGAACGCUCCCGUCCCAUUAAGUCGAUUCGCGAUGAAUUGCUUAAACUGGAAAGUGAAGGAAUAAGAGAAGUAACGCUGCUAGGCCAAAAUGUCAACAGUUAUCGAGACACAAGUAUCAACUCAUCGGAAUCUGAUACAAAAGAAGCAACUAUUUUAGCACCAGGCUUCCGCACCGUAUACAAAAGUAAAAUCGGAGGACUGCGAUUCGCUGAACUUCUGGCAGAUUUGGCAGAGACUGUUCCCGAGGUUAGGAUUCGUUUCACAUCACCGCAUCCCAAAGACUUUCCUCGAGAUGUUUUGCAAACUAUCACGAAACAUGCGAAUCUUUGCAACAGCCUACACUUGCCAGCACAGUCCGGGAACUCAGAAGUUUUGGAACGCAUGAGGCGAGGUUAUUCGCGAGAAGCUUACCUAAACUUAGUUAAAGAAAUUCGCUGCAUUAUACCGAAUGUGACGCUUUCAAGUGAUUUUAUAUGUGGGUUUUGCGGUGAAACAGAUUCCGAAUUUUUUGAUACUGUUUCCCUAAUUGAAGAGGUCGGCUACCAUAUGGCGUUUUUAUUUGCAUAUAGUAUGCGAGAGAAAACUUCCGCCCAUCGCCGAUUUAACGACGACGUACCGGAAGAAAUAAAGCAGGAGCGGUUGCGACAAAUGAUAUCCGCUUUUCGGAGAGGUGCCGAACGGCUGAACAGUAAGUUUGUUGGUAAAACGGAACUAAUAUUGAUUGAGGGCUAUAGUAAACGAUCGCGAAUUGAAUUUGCUGGUCGUAACGACGGUAAUGUAAAAGUAAUAUUACCUAGCGGACCAAUAAUGUCUAGUCAACACGCCAAAAAAGAUGAUUUAAGGCCAGUGAGUGUGGGAGACUACGUCGCAGUACGAAUUACAGCAUCAAAUUCACAAAUCCUUAAAGGAGAACCAUUAUACCAUACUUCAAUACCAGAAUUUCAUUUAAGGCAAGAUUCGGUUCUGUAA